UGUCAGCGCGUGCACACUGCUUUGGAAGCCUGUGCACAGCACAGCCAUGCAAAGCAGUGUGAUUACAGUGAAACACAAACACACCUAGCACACAGUUGACCCUUUGAUCACUUCUCAUGUUAAACUCUUCCUGCCCAGUGCCAUUAGUACAAUGUCAGUGCUUUUUUUUAGCACUGAUCACUGUAUUGGUGUCACUGGGGAUCUCAGUGACUCCAAGUCAGUUCCCCCCAGUGUCAGAAUUCUCACCACAGCCCGCAGUCCCACAAUAAAAGGUGUUGAUCACUGCCAUUACUAGUAAAAAUAAAAAAAAAAAAAAAAACAGUAUCUAUACCACCACUAUAACUUUUACAUAAACCAAUUAACUUA